CGAAGCCAUAAAAAAACUACUACUACUACUACCAUUUCUCGUUUCAGAAGACACUCUUUCUCUUUUCCUUUCUCAACAAAACAUUAACAUAUCUAUCGGAUUAAUUUUUCUCGCUCUCGCCGGACCGGACCGGACCUGUAACUUUCACACACACAAUGGACCAGCAGGUUCGCCAGCGUAGUUCCAAGCCUGUCCGUAAGGACUGUGCCGGCGAACCACUCAAUCCAUUUCGCCACAAUCAUCUUCCUCCUCUUAAAGUCACUGAUCCUUUUCCUCUCCCUCUCUACCUAGCAAAUGCUGUUUUCUUCUUUCUUUUCUUCUCCGUAGCUUAUUUCCUCCUCCAUAGAUGGCGGGAAAAGAUCCGUAACUCUACUCCUCUUCACAUUGUUAAUUUCCCUGAGAUAGCCGCUUUGGUUUGUUUAGUCGCUUCUGUAAUCUAUCUUCUCGGUUUCUUUGGCAUUGGCUUUGUUCAUUCUUUCACUUCUAAAGUUUCCACUGAUGCCUGGGAAAUUGAGGAAUAUGACGUCGUCAAAAAAGAUACUCGCUCUCCGGGACCUUGCGCCGCCUCUCUUGACUGCUCUGUCCAUCCUACGACCAAAAUUGCUCCAAUUCCUUUAUCUGAUGAUGACGAACAGAUUAUCAAUUCAGUAGUUUCUGGUUCUAUUCCUUCUUAUUCUCUCGAAUCCAAACUUGGAGAUUGUAGAAGAGCCGCGGCUAUCCGCCGUGAGUCGCUGCAGAGGAUGACUGGAAGGUCUUUGGAAGGAUUGCCUUUAGAUGGUUUCGAUUAUGAGUCCAUACUAGGGCAGUGUUGUGAGAUGCCAAUUGGAUAUGUGCAGAUUCCGGUGGGCAUUGCUGGGCCAUUGUUGUUGGAUGGAAUUGAAUAUACGGUACCAAUGGCGACGACGGAGGGCUGUUUGGUUGCUAGUACGAAUAGAGGAUGUAAGGCUAUUUAUGUAUCAGGUGGCGCCACCUCUACUUUGUUUAGAGAUGGAAUGACCAGAGCUCCUGUUGUUAGGUUUCCUACAGCCAAGAGAGCCUCUGACUUGAAGUUUUUCAUUGAAGAUCCUACCAGUUUCGACACAAUCGCCGUUGUUUUUAACAAAUCAAGCAGAUUUGCAAAGCUACAAGGCGUCAAAUGUGCAAUAGCAGGAAAAAAUCUGUACAUGAGGUUUAACUGCAACACAGGUGAUGCUAUGGGAAUGAACAUGGUGUCUAAAGGAGUCCAGAACGUCCUCGAUUACCUUCGAGACGAUUUCCCUGACAUGGAUGUCAUUGGCAUCUCUGGUAAUUUUUGUUCGGAUAAGAAGCCAGCAGCAGUUAACUGGAUAGAGGGGCGUGGAAAGUCUGUAGUAUGUGAGGCAAUCAUAAAGGAAGAAGUGGUAAGAAAGGUGUUGAAAACCAACGUGGCUGCUUUGGUGGAGCUUAACAUGCUUAAAAACCUUACCGGCUCAGCCGUGGCUGGUGCUCUUGGCGGGUUUAAUGCCCAUGCCAGCAAUAUUGUAACUGCAGUGUAUAUAGCCACAGGACAGGAUCCCGCCCAAAAUGUGGAGAGUUCUCACUGUAUUACCAUGAUGGAAGCUGUUAAUGAUGGCAAAGACCUUCACAUCUCAGUCACCAUGCCUUCCAUUGAGGUGGGUACAGUAGGAGGUGGCACUCAACUGGCAUCGCAAUCAGCUUGCCUGAACCUACUUGGGGUGAAAGGUGCAAGCAAAGAGUUACCAGGGUCAAAUUCAAGGCUUCUGGCUAGUAUUGUGGCUGGUUCUGUUCUUGCAGGGGAACUGUCUCUCAUGUCUGCUCUUGCAGCUGGACAACUGGUUAAGAGCCACAUGAGAUACAACAGAUCUAGCAAAGAUGUGCCCAAAAUAGCUUCUUGAAGGAUAAUACAGCUACCUUCUUUAGUUGAGAAGAUUAGAAUUAAGUUUUAAAAAAGAAAACUAGAAAUAAAUGAUCAGCACAAGGAUAAAAAGGAGCAUAUAAUAGUGGAGGAUGGCAAGCGUUGGCGGGGGGACAAACAGAGAGAGGUCCAUGUGAAAGAACAAGUUAAAACAAUAAAUUAAAAAAUAGAGAAAUGGGAGAUUAAGGGGUUAGUGGUGCCAUGAGUUGUAUAUAUUAGAGUCUUAUUUCUGUGUGCGUGCCACUUGUUUGCUCCCAACAUUUGGUAUCUUCCUCCUGCCAACACAAAACAAAAUCUUGUGAUCUUUCUUGUAUUGCUCUUCAUAUUUAGUUUGUUGUUAAUUGUCGUCUGGUAUGUGUUAAUUGAGGAAACGACAUGUUGUAUUAGGGUUUAGAUCUGUAUGUCUCGUUUGUUGUGUACUUUAUUUGUGUGGAUAUGUUAAACGUGUAACAAUUGGGUAACUAAUAAUUUCCUUUGGUCAUCUAA